AUGGAACUGGUCAUAUCCUACAUCUAUGCUGGCAAUGUCAAGUUCGCGCGCAUCAUAAGUGAAGGCAAACGCUUGCAGACCGCGAUGCAGUUGUUGGUCUUGGGUAAUUACUUUGUCAUUGGUGAGCUUUUGAUCGACGUCAAUGAAUUUAUUUUCAACGACAUCCUCCCUUCGAUCACCCGUCACCCGACCACCCGUUCUCCUCGCCAAGAAGUCCGUUCUGUCGACCUCGAAGACUGGGUUGCCGCCUGCCGUCUCGUCUACGGCACAUUAUCAAAGACGAAACGCAGCAAAAGCCUCAGGGUCACCUUUCUAAAACUCACUUUUGGGAGCCGACUUCUCUGCAAGCAGAUUUUGAAGAUGUCAGAAUUCAAGACGCUCUGCUUGAAGUACCCCGACUUCAGUAGCGACAGCAUGAUCGAGCUACUUGGCAUCGGUGCCAUCGUCCUGCAGUAA